CCAUUCCCCUUCCCGCCUUCUCCCUCGGGCCCCAGCUCCGCGGCGAUGAGCCGGCCGGGGCUGAGGGGAGGCGCCCGCUGCCCCCGCGCCCCGCAGUUAUUUUGAUCCCGGCCGGAGCCCGUAUCGCCCGGCGCUGGCUGGGCUGCGGCGCGCGCCCCGCCCCGCCCCCGCCGGCCUCGCACCCGCGGCCGUUGCAACGGCCCGCCGUUAUAACCGCUGUUACAACCGCCCGCGGCCGCGGCGCGGCUGCCCUGCCUUCCCCGUCUCCGCUUCUUCCUCCUCCCCGCCGCCACCGGAGAAACCUAAUAACUAAAAAGAAGCCAGCUCAGUAGAGUAUCGUAUGUGGCAAUGGCGUCUGCUCUAAUCAGUUCAGUUCCUACCACUGCAUCUCGUUUUGCUUUACUACAAGUCGAAAGCGAUUCCGAUUUGGAGCCUGGAAAAGGAAGAAACAGCCAAGGUGCCAGUAAAUCUCAGGCUUCUGGGGGAAGAUCAUGUACAAAUGAGAAAAAGAGACAGAAAAGGAGAAAAAAGAAAGAACAGCAGCAGAGUGAGGCCAAUGAGCUCAGAAACCUUGCUUUUAAAAAGAUUCCUCAGAAGUCCUCGUAUAGAGGCUGCCUGUCUCAGCAUGAACAAAAACUGCAUACUGCAAUGCAGAAGGACUCUCGGGAAGAAAACUGGCAGGAGUGGAGACAAAGAGAUGAGCAGCUGACAUCUGAAAUGUUUGAAGCUGAUCUUGAAAAAGCAUUGCUGCUAAGCAAACUGGAAUAUGAAGAGCACAAAAAGGAACAUGAAAACGUUGAAAAAACUUCACCUCAGUCAAAGUCUGUGAAUAAGAAAAAGAACCAGCAAGGAAAAGACAAGCCUCUCACUGUGUCUCUGAAAGACUUUCAGUCAGACAGUAAUAUAGAUAACCUUCCUAAAAAACAUGAGGAACUGAAUUCUCCCCAGUCUUCAUUGCGUGAUGGAGGAUUUUUCAACAGGCUGGAAGGUGAUAUUCACAAAGUACUUGAAACAGAGAAAAGGAGAGUCCGGCUCGCUGAUUACAGUGGAACAGAUAACGGCACAUCUCAUGAACACAACCAGGAGACUGUUUUGAAAGAUGGAAAAAUAGAACGAUUAAAGCUUGAGCUUGAAAAGAAAGAUGCAGAAAUUGAGCAACAGAAAAAUAUAAUAACUCAAUGGGAGGCAAAGUAUAAAGAAGUAAAAGCAAGAAAUGCACAGCUUCUGAAGAUGAUGCAUGAAGGUGAAAUGAAAGACAAAGCAGAAAUACUCCUACAGGUGGAUGAAUGCCAAAUUAUCAAAAAUGAAUUGAGCUUACAGGUAACUAUACUUCAUGCUGCAUUAGAGCAAGAAAGAUCCAAAGUGAAACUACUGCAGGCAGAAUUAACAAAAUACCAGAGUGGGAAAAAAGGGAAAAGGCAUUUAGAAUCUGACCAGUGCAGGUGAUCUCCUCUGCCACCAGAUUCAAAGCAAAAAAACACCAAGUCUUUCUUCAGGGUUUUGCAGAAAUUUAUAUAUUUGUUGCACAACUGCUCAACUAUGCAGUUUUUGAAGAGAAAUGAAAAAUUUCUAGUUUGUUUAACAGUCUGAAUAAUUGAUUUGUUGCACUUUCUUUUAAAGAAAAAUUAGAAAACUAGUAUUUCAGCAGAGAUGAAACUAACUGUAAUGCCAUUAGUUUUUCAUCAUUCAAUAAAAUUUACUCUUCCAUUUCUGUGUUUGAUUUCUCACUUUCACAGACUUUUUCAGUUAAAAAGACUUCAUUUAAUGACUGUCAAUAUCCAAAUGCACUAGUAUGCAAAUGGUCAAAGUUUCACCAAGUCAAAACUGUAAAUGAGACAGCUUAUGCAAAAGCAUCUUGCUGUUCCUGAAUCCAGAUCUGUUUUUAAAAAAAAAAGGCAACAGUCACUACUUCCUCUCCCUGUAUAGGACAUCAUGAGGCUCAACAAGGCCAAGUGCAGGGUCCCCACUAUUAGUGCAGGCUGGGGGGUGAAGGGAUUGAGAGCAGCCCUGAGGAGAAGGACUGGGGGGUGUUCGUGGAUGAGAAGCUAAACAUGAGGCGUCAAUGUGCACUUGCAGCCCAGAAAGCCAACUGUAUCUUGGGCCGCAUCAAAAGAAGCGUGGCCAGCAAGUCAAGAGAGGUGAUUCUCCCCCUCUACUCUGCUCUUGUGAGACCCCACCUGGAGUACUGUGUCCAGCUCUGGAGACCUCAGUACAGGAAAGACAUGGACCUGUUGGAGCAGGCCCAAAGGAGGGCCACGAAGAUGAUCAGAUGACUGGAGCACCUCUCCUAUGAAGACAGGCUGAGAGAGUUGGGGUUGUUUAGCCUGGAGAGGAGAAGGCUCCAGGGAGACCUUAUAGUGGCCUUCCAGUACCUGAAGGGGGCUUAUCAGAAAGAGACUUUUGACCUGGGCCUGUAGUGACAAGACAAGCGGCAACGGUUUUAAACCUGAAAGAGGGAAGAUUCAGAUUGCACAUUCUUUACAGUGAGGGUGGUUAGGCACUAGAACAGGUUGCCUGGAGGAAGUUGUGGACAUCCGAUUCCUGGAAGGGUUCAAGGUCAAGCUGCACAGGGCUGUGAGCAGCCUGGUGUAGCAGAAGGUGUCCCUGCCACUGGCAGGGGGUGGACUUAGAUGAUGAAAAGCACCUUCUGACCCAAAUGAUUCUGUGAUUCUAAGACUCUGUGAUCUGUAUCCUUUUCAUACCUACGUGGGUUUCAGCUGCAAAACAUGGAAGCUGACGUGUGCAACUACCAUGUAAAAAGAGCUAUCUGUUAGCUUUGAAAAGUGCCCUGUGUCAUUCUU